AUGGACCACCGACAGCUUCUCCCCGAUCUCCGUGGAAACAUCUCCUCCUCCCCGGGCUCGGUCAGUGAAGCGCUGCUCUCCAGGACGGGCUACACCAUCCUGGCKGUGAUCAUUGGUGUGUUCUCGGUGGCCGGGGUCUGUAUGAACGUCCUGGUCAUCGUGGUGACGAUGAGACACCGGAAGCUGCGCCAGCCACUGAACUACGCCUUAGUCAACCUGGCAGUGGCAGACCUGGGCUGUGCUCUGUUCGGGGGACUGCCCACUAUGGUCACCAACGCUAUGGGCUACUUCAGCAUGGGGCGGCUGGGCUGCGUGCUGGAGGGUUUCGCUGUGGCUUUCUUUGGUAUUGCAGGUCUGUGUUCAGUGGCCGUGAUAGCUGUGGACCGUUAUGUGGUGGUGUGUCGACCAAUGGGGGCGGUCAUGUUCCAGACCAGGCACGCAGUCGGAGGGGUGGUCCUGUCCUGGGUGUGGUCGUUUUUAUGGAACACCCCGCCUCUGUUUGGCUGGGGCAGCUUUGAACUGGAGGGGGUUAGGACCUCCUGCUCCCCAAACUGGUACAGCAGGGAACCAGGAAACAUGUCUUACAUCAUCCUUUACUUCCUGCUCUGCUUCGCCAUUCCCUUCUCCAUCAUCAUGGUCUCCUACGCUCGCAUCCUCUUCACACUACACCAGGUGUCCAAGCUGAAGGUGUUGGAGGGCGACAGCACCACCCGCGUGGAGAUACAGGUUGUGCGUAUGGUGGUAGUCAUGGUGAUGGCCUUCCUGCUCAGCUGGUUGCCCUACGCGGCCUUUGCCCUCUCUGUGAUCCUUGACCCCAGCCUCCAUAUCAACCCUCUCAUUGCCACGGUGCCCAUGUACCUGGCCAAGAGCAGCACUGUCUACAACCCCAUCAUAUACGUGUUUAUGAACAGACAGUUCCGGGACUGUGCUGUUCCUUUCUUGCUGUGUGGUCUGAACCCCUGGGCCUCGGAACCAGUGGGCUCUGAAGCUGAUACCGCCCUGUCCUCCGUCAGCAAGAACCCACGAGUCUCACCCCAAUGACAGCAACUUUCYAUUUUUUGUACAAUGUAAAGUUGCUGUUAUGAAAUAUAGUUUGAUGUGCAAUAUUUGGUUGUAACUGUUUCAAGAAUACUAAUAAAAGUAUAGUCCAUGAUAUUUGGACAGAGACAUCUCCACGUGUAUUGGAGAUCAUUAGUGUCACAAAGGCUUUAGGUGGAUCCGGGUUCCUAAUCUUAAUCUGAUUUACUACAAAUAUAUUUAAAUCACCUGCUGCCAUAUCCCGGU